AGACUGAGCUAUUCACCAGGUUGCCUUAGUGUAGUAGUGUUAUUUUGGUGCGAUUUGCAAUUGCUCUCCAGACUGAAGCUUAUCAAUUGCCUUGGAUCCCCAGAGUGCUAAUCCAGAACCUGUACGUGAAGCGCUCCGCAAGCCUGUCCAGCAGCCUGUUCCUUUUCAGUCCCAGAAAAAACUAGAAACUCCUGUGAAGCAGCUGAAAUGGACGUUCCCCAAGAGACCAGAGACACCAGUAGAGCCUAAGUUACCGUUUGUCCCUGAUGUGCCAAUACCGGCCGAUUCUGUGGCAGUGAGGUGUGGAGAGGCUGAUGUGGAGGUGCAUCGAGAUUUCUUUGGCACUGGCCAGCUAAUCCAAUCAACAGAUAUCUCUCGGUGACUGUGGUUUCAUAGAGGAGGAUCCCUCUGCACAGGUUUUGAUCUUUGAAUCUGAACUGCAUGGCUGUGGCAGCAGGCUUCAGAUGACUGAGGAUGAACUAGUGUAUACCUUCACACUUAUGUAUGUGCCUAAAGUUCUUCCUGGAACUUCAAUCAUGAGGCUGAAUAGUGCUGCUGUUGAUAUCAGAUGCCAUUAUCUAAGGGAGCAUAAUGUGAGCAGUGAUGCCCUCAGGCCAACCUGGGUCCCUUAUGCCGCCACUAAGGUUGCCGAGGAAGUCCUGGUCUUCUCCUUGAGACUCAUGACAGAUGACUGGAAGUUUGAGCGGGCCCCGAACACCUACUACCUUGGAGACAUCCUGCACAUUGACGCCGCUGUGAUCCAGUACAACCACGUACCGUUGCGUGUGUUUGCCCACUCCUGUGUGGCCACUGCAGUCCCUGAUAUGAACGCAUUACCCAGAUAUUCAUUCAUUGAGAACCAUGGGUGUCUUGUUGAUGCUAAGCUGACCGGCUCCAGAUCUCGCUUCCUGUCCAGAGCUCAGGAUGACAAGCUGCGGUUUGAGCUGAAGGCCUUUAGAUUUGCACAGGGACACGGAGACGAUAUCUAUAUUACCUGCCAGCUGGUGGCAACCUUAGCCUCAACACUGUCCAACCACAAGGCUUGUUCCUUCUCUAAUGACCAAUGGACUUGUUCUGAUGGCAUGGAUGAGAUGUGUGUCUGCUGUGACUAUAUGUGUGGAACAGGAGGGGCUGCAGAUGGACAGUGGGAAUCGGAGGCAUCUUUGGGGCCAAUAAAGGUCAAGAAUGAAAACUGAGCUGUUUUGCUAAUGCCUCAAUUUCAAAUGAAAUUGUAAUAAAAUAAAUCUACACUUUAA